UAUUGACAUUUGGCAUUAAGAGCGUUUAGGUGCGUGUGCGUGUGCCAAAGGUGCCGAGACAGCGUCUACAUCGUCUUGUAUUCGUAAUAUUGUACUCGAGAAGAUGCUGCCGAUUUUCGGGGCGAUUUUUUUCCUCCUACUUCUGAACUUCGCCGGAUACGUCCGGUGCAUCAACGGCAUCUAUCCGUAUCCGCCCAACAGCAACAUGGGUUUCUUCGUGGCCAUAGCCGUGCCGCUCGAGGAUCCCUACAGCACCGUGUCCAUGUCCUACUUCUUCGAGGCCAAUUACGUGCUGCCGAACAAGACGGCUCUGGCCCGAUCGCCGACUACGACGACAACAACAUCAACUACCACGACGCCCUUGACGACGUCCUCUACAACGACGACGAUGACGCCUUCAACCGAGUCAGACUCGAUGACGAUGACGACGACGGCGACGCCUUCAACCGACACGACCUCCUCUCCGACUGGAAAAUCAACUACCACUCGAAGGAGUAUCGAUCGCUCGACCGUCUACACGGUCAUUCGCAAUAAACUCGAUCGGGCCGGCUUCCCAGGACACGAUUGUCUGCUGAGAUCGAUUUGCGAGACGUCCGAGCAGCCGCUCGACCAUAACGGCAUCGUCGGCGACGUUAUGACGGUCAUAUUCACACCUUCGACAUCGAGACCCGAGGACGAUCUGCCCGAAGGAGUCCGCGAAGCCGAGGCCGCGGGGCGCAGCGGAUCGCCGGCCAGCUGCGACAAGUACAAGCUCCGAUGUCCGAUUGGCCUGUUCGACCUCGUGUCGAAACUCAUUUGA